AUGAAACCCGCCGGAAACGGCAGUCGGGAAUCUUCCGAACUGCUGCGGUUAUCACAAGUCGUUUAUCCAUUGAUUCUGCUGAGCGUGUACGUGGAUUUCGUGGGUCAGUGCGAAGCCGGUGCUGCCAACCCGCUGGAUGGAUCCCUAAUCAGAGAUGACUGCAAUCCACCGCCGGAAUUGACCAAAAAGGACGAUGUGUCGCUGCAACAUUUUGGCAUUACAUCGUUACCGGUUUCCAACGGGAAUGGAAACGACCCACCAUCGGCAGCCUCUCCGGAGGCCUUGGUAGCUCCGUUCGCCCUUCCCCAGCUUCUGCUGCCACCAGUGGCCACCGGAGGUGACAAUAAGCCGUAUUUUGACGAUGUCAGCCCGCGGAACGUGACAACCGUGGUGGACGACACGGCGCUGCUGAAAUGUCGCGUCAAGCACAAGGGCAACCGAACGGUUUCCUGGAUGCGUAAACGGGAUCUGCACAUUCUGACCUCCAGCACUCACACCUAUACCGGGGAUCAGCGCUUUUCGGUGCACCACCCGCCGGACUCCGACGAUUGGGAUUUGAAGAUUGCGUACGCCCAACCGCGGGACAGUGGAAUCUACGAGUGUCAGGUGAACACCGAGCCGAAAAUCAACCUGGCCGUCUAUCUGCACGUUACGGCGGCCCGUGCAAAAAUCCUUGGCUCCCAGGAGGCUCACGUCCGAAAAGGCAGCACCAUCUCGUUGUCUUGCGUGGUGAAUUUCCAUGCCUCGUCAAUAACCUGGUACCAUGGUUCAUCGAUCGUAAACUUUGACUCGGCACGCGGUGGCAUCAGCCUGGAAACGGAAAAGACCGAAGCCGGUACCAGCAGCCGGCUGUUGCUGACGAAGGCCACGGUAAACGACUCCGGCAAUUACACGUGCGUCCCGGCCGGAGCCAUCCCGGCCAGUGUCCAGGUGUACGUGCUACAUGGUGAGCAUCCCGCGGCAAUGCAAACGAGCGGACAGAUGGCAAUGCGGUUGCAAUCCGGUUCGGCGGCGCUUCCGCUGCUCGUCGGUACGACGGCGGUGCUGCUUGCCAUCUACUGGCGCAGUCACGCAUUAUUGGUACGAUUCAACGAUCCGAUUACGACCCAAUUGGUUAGUGAGAGGCGGCGCCCGGCCGGCUUCUGUAGGUGA